CGUCCGCUGCAUGGACAGAUGUUUGAUGGCCGUGGUACUGCUGGGACACACAGGAGAUAGCGGACCUACAAGGAACAGGGUGGGUCGGAGGACCAGUCACGGGAGUCAGUCGCUGACCGGCACCAGAGCGGCAAGACGCGCGAGUUUCUAAGGCAGCUCUCCCUUAUCUGCCCCACCCACCCUGGCAGGUGGGUUUCGACCCUGACGCCCCCCCACCCCCCAGUCAUGGGAUCCGGUGCCUCAGUUCUGGAUGAGGGCCACCUCAUCUACAGCAUGACCGUGCCCCUGUCCACUGCCAUCAUACUGGCCAAUCUGCUCAUCCUGCUGGGAAUCGUAUGUAACCGGCAGCUGCACAACACCCCCAACUACUUCUUCCUGAGCUUGCUGGUGGCUGACCUGUGCACAGGUGUGGCCCUGCCCUUCAUCCCCUGGAUGGGCCUCAACCGUGACCUGGGCUUUGAUGCCUGCCUGCUAGUGCACAUCUUCCCCAACUUCCUCUUCCUGUCCUUCCUGUCCAAUCUGGUGAUGGUGCAUUAUGAGCGCUACGUCUGCAUCAUCAGCCCGCUGCAUUACAGCCGCUUCUGGGCACACCGUUGCUUCCCGCUAGCGCUGCUGGUCGUGUGGGUGCCCCCACUGCUUUAUGCCUCGCUGCCUGCCUUCGGCUGGAACAACCGGCGUGACAGUGGGGGUGGAGGCGGCGUGGGCAAUGCCAGUGUGGCUUUCAACGACACACCGGCCCACUGGAAUGUCUCAGUGGAGGAGGAGGCAGUGUACUCGGCCGAGGAGAGCUGCUCCUAUCGCGUCAUCUUCCCCACAGACUUCAUUUACCUGGAGGUGUACGGCCUGCUUGUGCCGGCUAUCAUCUCUGUGGCAGCUAUGACAGCACGUGUGCUGAUCAUUGCACGCCGGCAGCUGCGCAGUAUCUGUAAGCUGCACCGCGCAGCCGGCCAAGCCGCUGCCUCCGAGGCACAGCAACGGCUGAACUUGCGCUAUGCUCGCUGCGUCACCGCCGUCUCCCUCACCUUCUUGGUGUGCUGGGUACCCUAUAUCGUGUAUCUCCAUGUGUCCGUGGCCUUGCUGCGCCGGGACGGGGGCCCGCCCGUGGGGCCCACCAUCCACACCGUGUUGUCCUGCACUGGCAUUGGCAGCAUGGCUAUCAUCCCCGUGGUUCUGGGCUUGGGGAACCGGCAGUACACCGACCCGGUGCGUGAGCUCAUCCGCAGGAUGCGGGAGCGCUGGGCGGGGGGGUGCUGUAGCGGGGGCGCGCGGACAGGACGGGGCUGAGCCCCGUUGUCAGGGAUUCGGACAGAAGCCUUAUUGGACGGAAGCAACGGAAAUGACGUGUCCCGGAUUCACGGGAGCUCCUGGAGGAGAUCCUGUCAUCACUGGAUUCACUGGAGUUCCCAGAGGAGGUGUCAUUCCCGGAUUCAGAGUGGAGACCCUGUGAUUCCCAGAUUCACUGGAGCUUCCAGAGGAGACCCUGUAAUUCCAUAACAUCCAUGGUUUAGUUUCUAAACUUUAACAGAUGUUCAUUGUAAAAUAAUCUCAUAUUUAUGUUUUUGGGUAUCUAAUAUAAAACACUGUGUUUUAGUUUUAAUGACAUAUUCUCUGUAACUGACUGAAAAGCUGUUUUCAUGUGGUACUCGGCUUGUUCUGUUUCUUCCUUUUAUUGUUUUUCUAUCAUUUUUGUGAGAGUCUGGCAUACUGUUUGUAAACAUCUUGGCAGUGCACUGUGUUCCCAGCAGCUCCCACUGCUGGCUGCGAUUGGAAUGAUCAUCUGUGGGAUCCCCUUGACCUGAGCUUAAACAGUCCCCAUUAGUCAGACAUGAUUCCCAUGUCACUUGUGUUCCCAGGGGCACUGAUCCGUAUCAGCAUUGCAGUGUAAACAGGAAUACAGAUGAAGCCCUCUAGGAUCUUUCUGAAAAUGUCACAUUUAAUAGUCCUCAGCUCAGAACAUCUGGCGUCUUGUACUUUUACAAGCCUCCAAUGAGAAAUACCUUCAGAAAUUAUAAAUUAUUUCCAGGGAUUUUCCAUUUUUCUGCAGUCUCUGGUAUCUGUCUCCCACGGAUUUAGCAGAAAAGAAAUGGCAGUUUAUCACAGCAAUGAAGCCCUAUGUGCACUAGGUCUAUAUGGUAGUGAAAGCUCCAAAUGUCACUGUUAACCCCAGUAUUUAUUUAUCAAUCAGACACAUUUCAGAUCAGUCAGUUUUUGGCAGCACCUACCCAGACAUCAGAGGUGUGCCAGGGUCUGCAAAUUUCUGGAGAACAUUGUUGCGUCUCUCACUGCCAUAAGAUCAGAUGGAUAUCUUCACAGGUCUUCACUCAUGAUGUUGUGUGUGAGAAGCUGCCCCAGUAGAUGUCAGCUCAUUGCUUUUCUCUAAAGAAAUCUUAUGAAGUUGACGUGUGCAUUUCCCCAGAUGCUAGGCUUAAUUAUAUGUAAUAAUUUUGAGGAUUGACCAUAACUUGCUGAAUUAUGAAUUAUUCAACACGUGUUGCUCGACCAUGACUGACUCGGAGAAAAAAAAAUCCUACAAAAUAUUGAUUGAUUGAUUGAUUGAUGAAACCCUUUAUUGCUGUUGCAAUACACCAUGUCA